CGCAUUGGAGACCGUGAAAAGUCAAAUGAGAAAUUAAUUUUAGGACGGAGGGAGUAAAUAAAUUCACAUACUUCAAGGUUUUUUUCAUUAGCCAUUGACAUACAAUUGGUUUUUGGCAUUAGGAAAAAAAGAAAAGCAUCAUCCCAAAGUGCCAAACGCGUCUCUCUCUCUCCCCCCUUGGGAGAUAAACAAGAUAAAACUCUCCCAGAGAAUAAAUCAAAUAAAAUGUCCGUCAUCAGAGAAUUGCCAAUCUUCGACCCACGAGGAGCAUCAAUGGAAGUCGUAUGCACUGCAAUUCGAGGUCGCUAUCCGGUGUCUGUAUUCUUUUCUAUUUCUUCUUCUAUUGUUGAGUAGCAUCCAUAUUUGUGCAUUGGGGCACGGAAAGUUUGUCCUUUUCGGGUCCAUUCUAAUUCAUGUAUGAAGAAUUUCGAGAUCUGAAUAUAUAGCUUUGGCUGAUUCAGUAUUUUUGAAGAAGAAGACCAUUUAUUUGUUCGAAAGCCGAUAUUUGGCUGUCAUUCGUUGGGAUUUUCACUUAUUUUUGUGAUUAAGCAGAGUUUUUUUGCCAUCUCUGUUCAAUUCAUUGUCUGUUAUCGUCUGCGUUAGUUAUCCAUAAAUUGGGUUUGUGGAGGUGUUGCUCUAGGGGUUUUGUUAGAGAAAUGAUUACAGAGAUGGGUAUGGCGAACUUGUCGUGGAGUGAUGAAGACAAGUGUAUGUUGGCGGCAGUGCUGGGAACGAAGGCUUCUGAUUACUUGAUUUCGAGCUCUGUUUCGGCUCAGUGCUCGUUAAUGGCGGUGGGAAAUGAUGAGAAUUUGCAGGUGAAGCUUUCAGAUCUUGUGGAGAAUCCGGACGCUAGUAAUUUUAGUUGGAAUUAUGCAAUAUUUUGGCAGCUUUCUCGUUCUAACUCGGGGGAACUUGUGCUGGGGUGGGGGGAUGGUUGUUGUAGGGAGCCCGACGAGGUGGAGGUGUGUCAAGGUGCCGCCCGGUUUCUGAAUCUGUGCCCGGAGGACGAGGCCGGGCAGAGGAUGAAGAAGAGUGUCAUCCAGAAGCUGCACAUGAUGUUUGGGGAGGCAGACGAAGAGAACUUUGCUUUUGGAUUGGAUAGGGUGACCGAUACCGAGAUGUUCUUUCUUGCCUCAAUGUACUUCUCUUUUCCCAAGGGAGAAGGCGGUCCGGGGACAUGUUUUGGAUCUGGCAAGCAUCUUUGGUUACAUGACGCUUUGAAGUCUCCUACAGAAUACUGUGUUAGAUCGUUCCUAGCAAAGUCUGCUGGAAUGCAAACCAUUGUCUUGAUACCGACUGAUGUAGGGGUCGUGGAAUUAGGGUCGGUGAGAUCCAUACCAGAGAGCUCAGACAUGCUGCAGUCGAUCAAAGCUUAUUUUUCUCCAUUCUCUCCCCUCUUUGGGGGCAAGAAAGACGGAGAUGGUUCCAGCUACUCCAGUUCAGUUGUUAACGAGAGGCCAAACGGAUUUCCCAAAAAUAUUGGUCCUGAUUUGAGUUCUCAUUCCCAUUCUAAGGAGAGCCACUCUCUUUGGAAAGAAGAAAACAGACCAUUGGAUGGGUACAUAGUUGGAAAUGGAGCCCCUAUUUUCGAUACAAGAAGAAACGGCCAUCACAGUGCGUCUUGGCCACAGUUCAGUAACUUGAAGCCAGCAGAGGAGAUGUGUAGUGCUCAGACCCCUCCGGCUAACAAUUUACAAGAGAUGAUGGUUGUGAAUGGGGGAAGAGACGAGUUUAGGUUGAACAGCAUGCAUCAGCAGAAGCAAAUUGACUUUGGGGGAGCAAUCUCGUCGAGGCCUAAUGUCGAAUCCGAGAAUUCAGAUAUCGAAGUUUCGUGCAAGGAAGAACAGGCGGCGGGCCCACCGGACGAGAAGAGGCCACGGAAGCGAGGGAGGAAACCUGCCAAUGGAAGGGAAGAGCCUCUCAACCAUGUCGAAGCGGAGAGGCAGAGGCGGGAAAAGCUGAACCAGCGGUUCUACGCGCUGAGAGCAGUGGUCCCAAACAUUUCCAAGAUGGACAAAGCUUCCCUCCUAGGAGAUGCCAUUGCUUACAUCACCGAGCUCCAGAAGAAACUCAAAGACUUGGAAUUGGAGAGGGAGGGGCUGGGAGGAGGAGGAGGAGGAGGAGGCAGCUCAAGGGAGACCACUCCCAGUUUGGGGGAGGUUCAAAACCGAGCUCCCAUCGUCAAUAUUGAAGCUGCUGGGAAAGAUGAAGUCAUUGUAAAGGUGAGAUGCCCUCUGGAAACGCAUCCGCUUUCAAGAAUCAUUCAAUCAUUGAAAGAGGCAAGCAUCAGAGUCGCGGAAUCCAGAGUCACUGCCGGGGCUGAUACAGUGUUGCACACGUUGGUAGUCAAGUCCAGUGGGCCCGAGCCGCUGACAAGGGACAAGUUGAUUGCUGCAUUUUCUAGCGAGUCAAGCUCUCUACAGCCGUGGCCUCCAUCAUCCGCAGGGGGGUCAUAACAAAUUUUAAUUCAGUUCACAUAGUUUUCUUGCUUCUUUUUACAGUUAUAUUUUUAAAUUUUUGUGUAAGAAUUGUAGGAAAGAGAACGUUUUAUGCUUAUUCCCAGAUUUUGAUUGUACACCAGUGCAAGCAAGCCAGAAAUAGAUAAUGUUCACAAGAGUCUAUUAAAAUCUCUACUCUUUGACUGUAGGAAUACAAUAUGUUCCCUCCAUCCUAAAAUUAAUGUUUUGCCUGUCUUCUGAAUAACGCUUGUCUUGCAUCUUUUUUUUUUUUUCUGUUUUAAAUCAUAAACAACCACAUAAUUUCAUUUCCACAGAUGCCAAAAUAUAGAAUAGUACAUUAUGGGUCAAGGAGCUUUCCAGGCGACAGAAGCAACAAAAGUGACAACUGCAGCAACUACAAGGUCACCACCACUUUCACUUUCAUAUCAUUACGUGACUAGUGUUUUAAGUGGGUGAUGUUAAUGAAUAAUGAUCAUUUAU